UCCUCCUCAGCUGACCAGCCUUGCCGUCUUCGCACUCUGAGCUACUUUGUCCCCGCAGGGCUCCUGUACCCUCCGUGGUGCCCUGGCAGGGAGAAAAGUUUCUGUAAGCGCGAAGGAGCUGCUGCCGUCGCUGCCGCCACAAAAGGCGACGAGGAUAGUUCAUGAACAGUAGGAGGAUUGAAUCUAGUCUGUGGUUUGGGAAUGCAGUGAUUUUUCUCUAUCCAGUGUUGCUCCUACUUCCUUCCAUGCCAAUUUUACCUAUAUCAUCAUGGCACUCACUUUAUGAGAUGUCAAAGUCAGACCUAAUAGACUCUUACAGAAAAAUGCUCAUUACCUCAGGCAUUCGUGGCAAUAAUACGGAAAGCAAAAUCCCUCAUACGCGAAUAGAUGAUGGAGGAGCAAUUCAGCUAAUUUAUACUUUUGGAAGGAAAUUGGGACAAGGCAGCUUUGGUGUGGUGAUUGAGGCAACACACAAAGAAACAGGCAUAAAGUGGGCGAUCAAGAAAGUUAACCGGGAAAAGGCUGGGAGUUCUGCUGUAAAACUACUUGAACGGGAAGUAAGCAUUUUGAAAACAGUCAACCAUGACCAUAUAAUACAUCUUGAAGAAGUGUUUGAGACACCAAAACGUGUGUAUCUUGUAAUGGAGUUAUGUGAGGAUGGAGAACUUAAAGAGAUUCUUCAGAGAAAAGGUCAGUUUUCAGAGAACGAGACACGGCACAUAAUUCAAAGUCUUGCAUCAGCAAUAGCAUAUCUUCACAAGAAAGAUAUUGUUCAUAGAGAUUUGAAAUUGGAAAACAUUUUAGUUAAAAGCAGUGACAUUGAUGAAGAAAAUGCAAUGAAAUUAAACAUAAAGGUGACUGAUUUUGGUUUAGCCGUACAAAAGAUGGGAGGAAGUGAAAGCAUGUUCCAGUCUACCUGUGGGACUCCUAUCUACAUGGCCCCAGAAGUGAUAAGUGCACAUGACUAUAGCCAGCAGUGUGAUGUUUGGAGCAUAGGUGUCAUUAUGUAUAUGCUGUUAUGCGGUGCUCCACCUUUUAUAGCAGGCUCUGAAGAAAAACUUUUUGAAGUUAUAAAGAAAGGAGACCUUCAAUUUAAGCACUUAGUUUGGCAAUCGGUCAGUGAAGCUGGUAAAAAUGUGUUACAGCAACUUCUGAAAGUAGACCCCGCUCACAGAUUCACUGCAAAUGAACUGCUUGACUGCCAGUGGAUAACUUGCUGGAUGAGAGCUAUUCCGAUGGCGGCACUGUCCUAUGUGGAUUAUUCAUACUACACUGAUGUCCGAAGCUGCUCCAGAGCUUUAAGGAAGUUCCAGAGCAUUCCCUGGCUUUUCCUAACAUGGGGCAAAACCUGCACUGGGACUGAGAAAGCCCCAUAUGUUAUGUGGAUGCCUUGGAGUGACUUCUCGCUACUUUGGGGCGGGGUGUGUGUGUGUGCUUUUUUAACCUACUUACCAGUAGAACUUUGGAAGUUACUUUUUAGACUGUUACUCCCCAAAUCCUUCAGUCAGCACGGCCAAUUCUAUACUGCCUGGGAAUUUCUAGGAACUACUAUUUUAGUUACUAAUUCCUAAAAAUCAAAUGCACCAGAUUUUUGUGAGGACAUGUCCUUUGAAUUUGUAAUGCAUUUCUCUGGUGCUUCAGGGAGGGAAUGGGGUUUUCUUAUAAGAACGAUAUAUGUUUUGUCUUAAUAUUAACAAACAUUUUGCUUCCACAUGUUGGUCCAUAUUUGGAGCUGAUGGAAUAUUUUUCCAUUAGUGUUUAUAUCUAUCUACCUUUCCCAAUUUGAGUAUUACAUUUUCACUUUCAACUAUUGGGAGCCUUCUCACUUGUUUUCCCCCUGCCUUCCUAUUGACCAUAUUUUUGAUCUGAGUAUAUAAAUGAUUACAUCUAAUUUCUGUUUUUGUGUGUUCCCUCACUCACAAAUUGUUUACCAAUUGAUAAUUUACCAUUCCCACUUAGUUGCAGUUAUGUAAAUACUUUUGAAUGUAUCCAUUAUGCAGUUGAUAUACUUUUUAAGAUAAUUAGUUUAUGAACAGCUUCUUUCAUUUUGAGCAAAAUUGUCAAGAAAUCUUUUUUCCCUCUGGGUGCUGGGGUGUAGGAGUAUUGCCAUUCAGAACAGAAUCUACUAGAAAUCACAAAGUGGAAAAUGUAUUUCUAACAUAUGCUGGGUGCCACAUGAUGGAGAGGUGAACUAUUUCAUUCUGUGCUUUGAAUCUCACUGAUGUGUGCUCCCUUAAAAUCUGAAAUAAAAAAGCUUGAAGGAAAGACAAAAGAAAAUGAAACAAUCUAAAAGGCAACCAAUUAGUAAUCCUCCACUUUCCCUACAAUUAGCACCAGAUGCUAGCCAAUUAAACUCAACAGGUGUUCAAAUGAGGCAAUACAGACAAUUAACUUAAGUGGUUCCACUUUCUUAAAAACUGUCAGAACACAACCACCCUUCCAUUUCAUGUGCUAUUUAAGUAUUUGUAGCUCUUUAAAACAUAGGGUAUUUUUUCCUGAGGCCACAACUCUGCCUCUUAUUUUGUAGGUGUGAUUUGGUGCACUUAGAAAUUUAAUUACCUGAAUGUGCUUGCAAAUAAGGUAGUUAUUUGGUUGUCUACAACAUCAAUUUGUCUAUAGUUAAUUACAGAUGUAAAUUUGCACCUGCAGAAUUGGAGUCCACAUUGGGAAAUCAUUCUAUAAAUUUGGAAGGACUGUGAAUACAUUACCUUGAUCCAUGUAGAAUUAAUUUCCCCUUUGAAUGUCUCCCUCCUCCUAGCAAUAAGUGCUAAAAAAACACAUAUGUGUACAUGUACUACAGGAAGACAAAAAUGGAGUUCACUGGUAGAGACAAUAUAAACUAGUUGCUGGAAAACAGGACAUGAGUUACACUGAUCUGAAUUUGUCUUGCUGUAGUAUAGAAGGAUGUAUGGUAUGGGUGAAAUCUUAUGUUUUUUUAGUGCUUUCUGUGACACAUGAUUUCUAUGCUGGUGUAGCUCAAUACUAGCAUUCGAGAGUUGAGUAUUGUUUUAGGGAGGAUGUGCACUGAGUACUGUUUCAGGAAGGACUUGCCACUAUGUAUGCUGAAAUGAUGCUCAUGCUAUUCCCUGUUGGUAUGUUGCAGCAACAUUUGUGAUAUUAUCUCUUUUUGAAGAUUUUUGUCUAUCUUCACAACUUCUAAUUUUUCUAAUUUCAUCUAUAUUUUAUUCUAUAGUUAUACCUCUCUAUUUAGCCAUUAGAUCUUCAUUUCCUUUCGUCUUCAGUUGUUACCUUCAGAUGCUCUCUGUGCAUCCCAGUGGUUAUGGCCUUGAAGGCCUUGUUUAGCCAAUAUACCAUUGUCAGAAUAAGAAACAGGUGAUCUCUGUAUAGGUGGGACCAAGCUCUGUCUAAAUACUCUGUUUGGGAAGAUUGGUACACAGAGAAUGAACUGAGAGAUUGGGAUUGCUACACUUAUUAUCAGUCUAUCAGAUUUAUGCCUCCCUUUACUGGACAUAUUAGUUGCUAUUGGUUGUUGUUAUGUUUACAGUAUUUAGACUGCCCAAUCCCAAACCAAACCAUCCAAAUCCUAUAAAGCUACCUUGGGCUGAUUCAAGUAUUCCUUAUGGUAUUUCCUGUGAUGCAGCACUCUGUUUUAGCUUCUCCUACUGUGGUGGCAUGCCACCAGGGUCUUUUUCCUUUCAAGCCUGACAUCACAAACAGUUUCUGCAUUUCUAACUAUACCACCAACUGUUUUGGCAAUGCUUCUGUCUUUGAUAUAGAAAUUAACAUACAAUGAUAUAGUUGUCCUAAUGCUUAGUUGGAGUACUGACAUAGCCACUUUUCAGAAAGACUGUCAGUUCCUUAAUAGCUAUGAGGGCUGGAUACUUAGCUCUGAUGUUUUGUGGAACAUAGAUAUGAUCAGAAUUAUUAUUCUGAAUCCUCCUUGUUUUGUCCAUCAGUCACACCUAUCCCUUUCCCAGAUGUAGAAUUAGAUGACCAGGCACCAAUACAUCUGUCCAGUACAGGUUUACUAUCCCGUAACUGGAAUUCCAUAAUCCAAAAUGCUCCAAAAUCUAAAAUUGUCCUCAUGGGUAGCUGAAAUAGAGACAUCUUUGAUUUCUGAUGGUUCAGUGUAAAUAAACUUUGUUUCAUGCAUGAAAUUAUUAAAACUAUUGUGUAUCAAAUUAUCCAGGCUAUAAAUGUAUGAAACACACUGUGGCUUGUUUUCAAAAACCCAUAGAAUAAGCUAUUUUCUAAGCUUUGUACCACUUUAAAGACAGUCUAUUUAAUGUGUCUGAAGGCUAUUUCAUGUAAUGUGAGUGUGGACUUUUAUUUAUUUAUUUACAGUAUUUAUAUUCCGCCCUUCUCACCCCGAAGGCGACUCAGGGCGGAUUACAAUGCACAUAUAUAUGGCAAACAUUCAAUGCCAUCAGACAAACAACAUAGAGUAUAGACACACGCAGAGGCAAUUUAACAUUUCCAGCUUCAUGAGGGUAUGCUCGAUUCCAGCCACAGGGGGAGCUGUUGCUUCACCAUCCACUAGUGACACCAAGUACUGUACUUCCUAAUUCCUUUCCUCGUGCUGCUGGCAGUUUUAUGGUGUUGUAAAUUAAUUAAAUUAGCCUCCCGCAUAAAGAGUACCUAAAUUUCCUAGUUGACAGAUGCAACUGUCUUUCGAGCUGCUUGGGUAAACAGCAAGCUGGGCUAUUUAAUGGUCGGGGGCUUAACCCAACCCAGGCUUUGAACUCAUGACCUCUCAGUCAGUAGUGAUUUAUUGCAGCUGGCUACUAACCAGCUGCGCCACAGCCUAGCGCAACUGGUUAGUAGCCAGACCUCAGCUUCAUAAUUGUGGAGGCCUCACAAAGCAAAUGAUGGUGCAGGCCUCAUUCCACAUUAAUUGACAGCGAGGAUAAAAAAAACCAGGCCCCAUAGUUCUUUAACUACAUGACAUCUCUUAUGACCCAUUUCAGAGAAC